AUGGAGACUGAAUCUGUGAGGUCGGAACUAAGUAGCCGAUCGCGGCGCAGCUCCCGGCAUAGGCAGCAUACUCAUAGAAGCACACGAAGUACUAAAUCUCAAAGAAAAGACUGUGGUGACAGUAUCAUGGCACCUUUUCAAACCAGUGUUAACAUAAACCCAGAAACAGGUCGUGAUGGCCAAGAGGUCAUUGAGGUGCAGAUAUUACCGCAGGAUGAAAAUUGGGGAGAGAACACAACUGCAGUCACUGGGAACACAUCUGAGGGCUCUCAGUCAAUGGAAGACAUCAGUAAUUGGGCUAUAGAGACAGACAAAGUGCGGCAUUUAGAGCCAGUUUAUUACAUUAAGAUUGUGAGGAGCCCGGAUGGAGCAAGUAGAUCAUAUGCUAUUGGAGAAUUAAGCAUUCAGAGAGCGGCAGUGUGGGUUCUGCAAAAGUACUAUACAGAGUUCCCGAUAUACAAUCCAUAUUUGGAGAAAGUUCCAAUAUCAAAGUCCCAAAGGAAAGCCCAGUCCAGUAUCAAAUUCUAUGAUGUGGAUGGAUCUAAUACCAAUACUGCGUCAGGACAGCCACGGUCGGCGCCGGGCUCGUGCGCGGGCAGCGGCGGGCGGCGGCGCGACUCGGGCUCCGCGCACAACGAGCGCUACUACGAGGAGGCGGAGCGCGCGCGGCGCGUGCGGAAGAGGCGGGCGCGGCUGCUCUCCGCGGCCGAGGAGGCGUUCGCGCACGUGCGCCGGGUGAGGGGCGCGGGCGGGGCGGCGCUGGGCCCGCGCGAGGCGGCGCAGGCCGUGUUCCCCUCGCUGGCGCGCGCGCUGCAGAAGUACCUGCGCGCCACGCGCCAGCAGCCGCGCCACUCGGCCGACGCGGUGCUGGCGCAGCUGGCGCGCAGCCUGGCGCAGGACGCGUCGCCGCGCGCCUUCCUCGAGCCCUUCCUGGCCGAGGCGCCCGUGCUGAGCGCCGAGCGCGAGGCGCGCGCGCUGCAGCGCUGGGCGCUCGUCAGCGAGGCGCCGCCCCAAGCCGCGCUGCGCCGCGCGCCGGACGGCGCCUUCCAGCUGCGCCAGGGCGACGUGGCGCUGCUCUGCUCCGUGCGCCCGCUGCCGCGCUUCGCCCUCGCCGAGGAGCUCGUCGACCCCAAGAGCAACCGCUUCGUGCUGCGCCUCAACUCGGAGACCUCCGUC